AUAGUUUAUUGUUAAGGUUGAAAAUCUGUAUUUUUUUCAGUUUUUCCUUAAAGGUUUGACUCCUCCUCAUAUCCCAUGUGUAAGGAAAGCAAGACAAAAAUAAGCUGCUGUUGUUGCUUUUAAACCAGACAAAAAGAACAAUUGUGCAACUCCAACUUGCAGUUUUUCAGGUGUUCUAACAUUUUUUGCAUUGCAGACAUAAAUAAUGGCGCACUUUGUGCCUACGGGGAAACGAUCCUUUAGCCUGCGCCACAUCGCAGAGUGCGCGCAUCUGGUGCCAAACUGGUCUCCGGUUAAGCUGCUGCUGCAGCAGCACAUUGUUCUGUUUCUCUUCAUCCUGCCUGCUAAUAUUCAGGCAGCUGAAACUUGAAUCACGCCUCACGUGUUGUAGGGUUUUCUGUGAUGUUUGGGAACUAAAAAGUGAGAUCUCAUUGAAACGUUUUUACUCUCUUGGAGGUAAGAGUUGAGAUUUGUAUUUGUUCUUGUUUUGUAGACGAAAAAAACAAAACAGUGGCUCUCGUGCUUCUGGCUGCGAUCGCCGUUUCUUCACGUGCUAUGUAGGUCACCCACUUCACUGGACGUGCUUGUUCACCACCCGGGUCCUUCCAGUCGCCCCCCCCCUCCCCCCCUACCAGAUCUGAACGAGUGGGCCGCCUGCUGCCGCUGAGAGGCAUGCCUCGCCUCCCUCUGCCACAGCUCCUCUCUCUGCUCUGAAGUCGGGGUGUUAAUGGGAACUAGAUGGAAAGUGUGAGGUGGGAGAUGCUGGCUGCUUUCAGCACGCUGGAUAGCGCCCUGGGAAGUUGGAGAGGACGCGCGGACGCGCCGGGAUUUUAAGUGAAUUUAAUUUGGGAUUCUUUCCGGAGACAUGAGCGGCGGCUGAUGAUGAUGAUGGCUGAUUUUAGGUAUUUGUUUGCAGCCAACAGGCGCACGUAACCUAAGAAGGGAUUAUUAUUAUUAUUAUUAUUUUUAUUUCUCUGCUGUGAGAGACAUGGACUUUGCUGACAUCCUCUGCGCUCUGUUCAUCGUCGUGGUCGCGGUCGUGUCUCUGCUGUCAAACUUGUUGGUGCUGCUAUGUUUCGUCCACAGCACCGAGAUCCGCCGGCAGGUGCCCGGCGUCUUCACCAUGAACUUGUCCUUUUGCAACAUCCUCAUUACGGUGCUCAACAUGCCGGCCACCCUGCUGGGGGUCGUCAGGAACCAGAAGCCCUUCGGGGACUGCGUCUGCCACACGGUAAGCUUCCUGGAGACUUUCCUGACUGCGAACACCAUGCUCAGCAUGGCCGCGCUCAGCAUCGACCGCUGGAUCGCGGUGGUCUUCCCGCUCAGCUACGCCACCAAGAUGCGCUACAAGGACGCGGUGAUCAUGGUGGGCUACUCCUGGCUGCACUCUUUCACCUUCUCCCUGACGGCGCUGCUCCUCUCCUGGGUGGACUACAGCGACGUGUACGCGUCCUGCACGCUGCAGCCCAGCGGGGGAGGCAGCGACAAAGUUAAGUUCACGGUUUUCACCGUGGUUUUCCACGCCACCAGCUUCGUGCUGUCGCUGCUCAUCCUGUGCUUCACCUACCUGAAAGUGCUGAAAGUCGCCAGGUUUCACUGCAAGAGGAUCGACAUCAUCACCAUGCAGACUCUGUUUCUGCUGGUCGACAUCCACCCAAGCGUCAAACAAAGAUGUUUAGCUGAGCAGAAGAGGCGAAAGCAGAGAGCCACAAAGAAGAUCAGCAUCUUCAUCGGCUCAUUUAUCAUCUGCUUUGCUCCUUAUGUAAUUACAAGGCUGGCCGAGCUUCUCCCCUUCGUGGAUGUCAACCGACACUGGGGCAUCAUCAGCAAGUGCCUGACGUACAGCAAGGCUGCGUCUGACCCGUUUGCCUACUCGCUGCUGCGCCAGCAGUACAAAAAGGUCCUGGUUACGGUCGUCAACAAGCUGCUGCGCCGCGACCUUUACCCUUCGUCGGGCCACAACAGCUCUUUGGACACGGAGAACGACUACUGUCUUCAGCGGAUCAGCUAAUGGCAAAAAUGUGACGUGACGGAUUUGGACGUGACAGAUGCUCUCCAGCAGAGCGAGAGAGCGAGCCCCAAAAAACAGGUUGGCUCGUGAGGAAGGAGGUGGGCGGGCGGAGGAGACGGAGACUACAGGGGAUUGUCAGGGAGGGGAGAUGGAGGGGACAGAUUGUGGGCGGAGGGUGAAGAAGGAGCGAAAAAUAAAAGGAAGGUAGUGGGUGGAGAGGAAUGGAAAGGCAGGGAUGAGUGGGAGGAUGGACGGGUGGAGAUAUGAUGUAGGGGAGACAGGCGAGUUUCGGUUGGAUGGUUCUGGUAAACAGCAGGGUCUGUGAUUCAUCAGCCACAACAAACGACACAGAAACCAACCAAUCCUCCCCCCCUCCCCCUGGAUGUCACAGAUUCAGGUUAUUUCAAACUGAAAGACAAGACACUGGAGUCAGCGACGUGUAAGAAGAAGCUUUUCAGUGCUGAACCAACCAGCCAUCUUAUUGUUUUCAUUACCCUGGACAAGUUCGCACUCCGCGGAAACCUCCAGAGAACCCACCGGGACACGCAACGACUCGUCUGCGCUAGAAAGCUUCGCGUCGUCUCUUAAUAUUGAUGCACUUUGUCCGAGGACAUUUCCUAAAACUUCUGCGCUUGCAGGAGACAAAAGCUGUUUGGCAGGAUGAGCCUGGUGAUAGUUUAUAUUUUUGUUACUGUCAACAAGUUCCACAAGAAGGCAGAAAUAUGAAAGGUGUUAUUUUGUCUCACUCCUUACAGUUUCCACACAGCCUGUGUAUUUUGGGCCGCAUCAGAGUGGCUGAAGACCAACAGAGAGAACAAAAGGGGAGAAAUGUUUAAUGAUAGGUUUGCACACUAAUCUACCUCUGGAUCCCUAAAAGCCCAAUGGUUCAUGUGUAAAAAAAAA